AUGGUGGUGAAUUAUGGGAAUGGAAAUUAUCCAACAAUUCUACAAAUUCUGAAAGUAGAUAACUAUGAGAAUUGGUGCAAACAGAUUAAGGUUCUAUUCAAGUGUCGAGGUCUUUGGGAUCUUGUAAAGGAUGGAGUAGAAGAGCUUGAAGAAGACGCUUCAGAAGAAGAAAAGGAAGAAGACGAAGAAUUGGAGAAGAAAAGUUAUAAAGCACUCUUCAUAAUUCCCCAAUGUUUGUCAAAUAUUAUUGAUCAUCGUUUACAAAAUUUCCAUGAUGUAAAAUCCUUAAUUCUUGAUAUUUGUAGUAAGGAGGAUAGUAUGACUGCGGGUAGAGUUGCGGUUAUGAUUGAUACUUUGUGGAAAAAUCGGAACAAUAUGGUUUGGAACAAUGAAAGAGAUGAUUAUUCUAAACUUGGGUUGAAUGCUUUUUGUAGUUGGCAAGAAUGGUUUCUGGCACAACGGUAUGGUACUAAUGUGGAGAAUAGGUCUCUCAUUCAAAGGUGGGAACCACCGGAGGAAGGGAGUAUCAAAUGUAACGUGGAUGCGGGUUAUAAUAAUUCUCGAGGUACUACUAAUCGAGGCUGGUGCAUGAGAGACCAUAUGGGGAGAUUUAUGUUUGCAGGUGCAGCUUGGGAUGUUGGCCAUUAUCCGAUUCUUGAAGCGGAAGCUUUGGCUCUUAAAGAAGCUAUUCAAAGAGCCAUUGAUUUGCAUGUGCAAAAUGUUAUUUUUGAAAGCGAUUCCCAAAGAACAGUACAAGCUAUUCGUAGUAACUACCAAGGUGUCUCAGAGUUUAGCUGCAUAAUUUCUUCUAUUCAUAGUUUGUUGUUUAAUUUUCCUAACUUCGAGGUGAAGUUUGUUAAACGCCAAGCGAACUCGGUUGCUCACUCUAUAGCAAAGGCGGCCGAUUCUUGGACUAGGCGUAGUUUAUUUGAUAUGAUACCUCUUUGUAUUGAACAACUUUUACUUCAUGAUAUGAAUUGA